AUGGCCAUCACACGAGUUCUCGGAUCCAAGUUCAGCCUCGCUGCACGAACUGCCCCUCGUGGGUUUGCUCGUGUAGGAGCUGUCUCUGCCCUCCAGACCCGAAGCAAGACCACCACCACGAUGCCAUUCAGAGUCCCCGACGAGAGGAACGAGCCCAAUCCUCUCUACAAGAAGGGAUCGCCUGAGCGUCUCGAGGUCGAGAAGGCCCUCAAGAAGCUCCGCUCUGAGCUGCCCGUCAAGUCUGAGCUGUACUUCAACGGUGCAUUCCAGCAGGCUCCCAAGUCUGAGGACCAGGUCAUGCCCUCUGAGCAUGGCACCACCUUCACCAACUACCCCCUGGCAUCCAAGGAGCAGGUCUCCGAGGCUAUUGAGCUGGCCCUCCAGGCAAAGAAGGGCUGGGAAGAGAUGCCCUUCGUCGACAAGGUCGCCAUCUUCCAGCGCGCUGCUGAGCUUGCUACUACUGAAUACCGCUACGAGCUCAUCGCCGCCACCAUGCUCGGACAGGGAAAGAAUGUCUGGCAGGGUGAGAUUGAUGCCGCUGCUGAGCUCGCCGACUUCUUCCGCCUGAACUGCAACUACGCUGCCCAGAUCCUCGAGAGACAGCACGACCGUGGCUCUGACGGCAUCUGGUCUCGUCUUGACUGGCGCCCAAUUGAGGGUUUCGUCUACGCCGUCUCCCCCUUCAACUUCACUGCCAUUGGUGGUAACCUGAUCUCCGGCCCUGCUCUGAUGGGCAACGUCGUCCUCUGGAAGCCUUCUCAGUACAAUAUCUACGCCUCUCAGAUCGUCUACAAGAUCCUCCUCGAGGCCGGUCUCCCCCCCAACGUCAUCCAGUUCGUUCCCGGUGAUGCUCAGGAAGUCACCGACAUUGUUCUCAAGCACAAGGACUUUGGUGGUCUCAACUUCGUCGGUUCCUCCGACGUUUUCCGCAACAUCUACAAGCGCAUCGGUGAAGGCAUCGGCAACAAGACCUACAAGGACUUCCCCCGCAUUGUCGGCGAGACCUCCGGCAAGAACUUCCACCUCAUUCACAAGACCGCCGACAUCGAGUCUGCCGUCAACCACACCAUCCGCGGCUCCUUCGAGUACCAGGGCCAGAAGUGCUCCGCCACCUCCCGCGUCUACAUCCCCGAGUCCCGCGCCGAGGAGUUCCUCACCCAGCUCAAGGCCGGCGUCGAGAAGAUCACCAUCGGCAGCCCAGACAAGGACAUGGAGGCGUUUAUGGGCCCCGUCAUCCACAAGCACUCCUUCAAUAAGAUCAAGCGCAUCAUCGACGAGACCAACAAGGACCCCAGCGCCAAGCUCAUCAUCGGCGGCACCUACGAUGGCUCUGUCGGUUACUACGUCAAGCCCACCGUCUACCAGGUCGACUCCCCCCAGCACAAGCUCUUCAACGAGGAGAUCUUCGGCCCCGUCCUCGCCGUCCACGUCUACCCCGACGCCGAGUGGACCAACAUCCUCAAGCACGUCGACGAGGCUGGUGGCGGUCUCGCCCUGACCGGUGCCGUCUUCGCCCGCGACCGUGCCGUCAUCCGCCAGGCUGAGGAUACUCUCCGAUACUCUGCCGGCAACUUCUACAUCAACUGCAAGACCACAGCCGCUGUCAUUGGCCAACAGUCCUUCGGCGGCGCCCGCUCCAGCGGCACAAACGACAAGGCCGGCAGCGCCGACCCCCUGCGGCGGUUCGCCAGCCCCAGGCUGAUCAAGGAGGAGUUCUUCCGCCAGACGGGAUUCACCUACCCCAGCAACGAGUCAUGA